GGGCUGGUGACGGGAUUGCUGAUAUGCCUACGAAGCGCUGCGAAGAUCACGCACAAAGCGCAGGCGAUAACAAGCCAAGCAGCGACGUGGCACGUUUGCGCCACCAUCGAGUCCGACGCGGAGAAUCGGACUCCCGUACCCAGCUGCGACGACGAAUCCGGGGAAGAAGACGAGGAGUGCAGGAAGGAUGACGGUGAGGAAAUCUUGGAUGUCGGGAAGAUAACGCCAUGCCACAUGAACAACAUCUGUUACCAAAAACGACAGGCAUUAGUGACAUACUUGGAGAAUAACCCAGCAGGGAUCACCGUUUUCGGCUUCGUGGUCGAUCGGACAUGGCUUCAUGCGUUGUUUAUGCUUGAAUUUUCACUGGUAAUGUGGUUGCUGGGCAAAACAAUUGGAAUCUCAUAG